ACAUAAAAAUAGUCAAUGCAACAGAACAGACCUUUUCUCGGGCGUAAAACUAAAUUAGCAAUUAUUAAAUUUGUAGUAAUAUAUAUAAAAAUCGAAAUGUGUGCAAUAUGUUAAUUAAGCUGAUUGUUGCGCUAACGCAGCACCAGAGGAUGAUUCACAACAGUAACUAAGAGCCGCAGAAGCAACAACAACAACACGAACCAGUCGCUCUGCAGCAACAAUACAAAAACAACACAAAAAACAUAAUUUGGUCAAUUUGCAUAUUCAUAAAAUAAACGAAACGGAAAGCGCGUUAGGUAAUUCACGCACAGCAAAACACAAAAUGAGCAAACUGGAAACGGACUCGGACAGUUCUGAGGAAUUUUUCGACGCCGAAGACACAACACCCAAUCGCGCCUCAACGCUUUGUCGUAAAUUGCCGCCGGAAUGCGCACAGGAAUUCAUCUUUCCGGAGCCAGCGGUGCAUGUAAAUGCGGCAGCAUCCUCGGACAGCGAUGCAACACCCAUUGGCGCCAAUACGCCCGCCACCCGCAGUCCCACAAACAGUCUAGGCGCGCGCCUUAAGCAACAGGAUGCGGCUGCUGCUGCUGCUGCUGCAGCCGCGGGCAUUUUCGUGGAGCCCAAACCACUAAAGGGCGUGUCUGGUAGACAACGCUUUCAAGAACUACGUAAAUGCAUGAACCAUGAUGAAGAUGAUAAUCCAGGAAAUACCCUCACACCUGAUUCUCAGAACAGCUCCAUGGACGGCGUUUUUACCAAUCGACCCACGCAUCCGUUUAAGGUCAUUGAGAGCGAUACAAUGAGUAUACAGAGCAUGACAUCAUUGGGCCGCGUGGGUCGCAUUUUGGCGGGUAGUAUUGAUCCGUCAGCGAUCAGCGUUGAUCGUGAAUCGCUGGCCUCAAUGAACGCCCAGCAGCAGCAGCUGCAACAGCAGCAACAGCAGCAACAACAACAGCAACAUCAACAGCAGCAGCAGCAGCAGCUACAGCAACAACAACAACAGCAACAGCGUCAGACGCCGCCACCCAUAACCACGACCAUGGCCAUGUCCACAGCCACAACAGUUGCCGCGGCAAUAACAGCAACUGCAGCAAAGCAGGGCACGGUCAUUGCCGUUGCCACCGCAACAGCAAUUCCUUCUCAGAUUCUGCAGGAGCCGGAUGUAAUAGCCAGUACAAAGUUGGCGCACUCCAAAACCACAGACUCAAUUACAUCCAGCGGGCCAAUAGCGCCGCCACGACGCAAGAAAAAAUCACGCAAAUUCUCCAGCAGCAGCUCGGAGCAUUUCAACAUGAACGAGGGUAUGCGACUGCCAGCAGCGGACACGGAGGAUACCGACAGUGAUACACGGUCCGUGCAGAGCGUGCGGGAUGUGCAGCAGCAGCUGCGCGACGACAUUGUCAAGCAGUUCGAGAGCUCGCUAAACGAUGUCAGCGCUCGGGCGUCUAAUAAUACGCUGACCUGUUCCUCAACCAAUACAAUUGUGUCCGCCUCGGCGUCAACGGCGACCACGACUCCCUCAUCGUUGGCGCAAAUAGCCGCCACGAGUCAUGCCUGUCAUGUUCGACCCGUGUCCACUGCGAGCAUUAUGAUGAAGCCGUCGCAUUCGUUGGGCAACAGCGUCACGUCCGUCUACUCGAAACCCAGUCCGUCGAACUCGGCCAAGAGCAACUCUGCGCCGGGUCGCGUCAGUUCAAUUGACCCCAAUCAGGGUCUAAAUCUGUUUAAGGCCAUACAAGGCGGCUAUGUGGUUAAGCCGCGCGAUGAGGCGAGCAAUAAAGCGCAAGGACCAUCGCAGGAUGAAAUUGAGCGCAUCGAGAAAAUGCUCAUGGAGAGUGCUAGUCGACCCAAGCUGGCGGGCAGCGGUUCUAAUAGCUUGGGCAGUGCCACACGGUACGUAAGCUAUACGGCCUUAUAUAGGGGCACCAAUGAGAAGGAGCGCCGUAAGUCCGCUGGGGAUGAGGAUGUUUUGAGGCAGAUGAACAUUUAUGUGCGCACACGCACCAAUUCGGGCAAGCAGCUGACUGACUUCGAGAUACUCGAGCAAGUUCCUGUCAAGAAUUUGGAUACGGGCGAGAAUAUGCCUUUAUCCGAAGUGCGUUCACCGCCAGUGCCUGAGGGCUGGAACCCGCUCUCGCUGCAUAUACUGAAGUUAACAUCGCAUCUGGAGGUUAUACAAAAGGAAUCGGAUGAGGAAAGUGUGAUUGGCAUACCGCCUAGUAUUGAGGGCCAGCAGCCGGAUGAGGAGGAGCUAGAAACGGAGGAUGGCAGUCGACUGAAAAAGAAAACGGCACGCAUUAAACGAUUCUUUGGUAGCACCAUGCGCAAAACGGUGGACAAGGCCAAGUCUAUUGCGUCAGAGGUGUCGCAUGCUCGCCAUAAGGAAGACGUGGCCGAUAUUGUGGAUGCCAUGAAUCCUGAACAGAAUAUUAAAAUCAAGGCAUCUUCCUCUAACAAGGGCCCCUAUGAGUUCACCAAACUGCAACAUGUACAGGAUCUGAGCGGCGAGGACACAAGCGCCGUGUGGUGCAUGAAAUUCAGCUCCUGUGGACGCUUGUUGGCCACCGCCGGGCAGGAUAAGGUGCUGCGGAUUUGGGUGCUAAAAGAUGCCUAUCCCUACUUUCAGGACAUGCGCAACAAAUAUAAUGCGGAUCAAAAAUCCUCGCCAACGCCAUCGCAGGAGUCGCUGGUGUCGCAGCAUUCCGCUGAGGAGGCCAUUGCCAUGGCCACCGCCGCCGAGAAGUGCACGGGUCCAUUUAUGCCGAAACCCUUUUGCACAUACAAUGGCCACACCUCUGAUCUGCUCGAUGUCAGCUGGUCCAAGAACUAUUUCAUUUUAUCCAGCAGCAUGGAUAAGACCGUGCGCCUCUGGCAUAUAUCACGAAAGGAAUGCCUUUGCUGCUUCCAGCACAUUGAUUUCGUCACUGCAAUUGCGUUUCAUCCGCGCGAUGAUCGUUACUUUUUGAGCGGCAGCUUGGACGGAAAGCUGCGUCUGUGGAAUAUACCAGACAAGAAGGUGGCGCUCUGGAACGAGGUCGAUGGCCAGACAAAGCUCAUCACAGCUGCCAAUUUCUGUCAGAACGGACAAUUCGCUGUGGUGGGCAGCUACGAUGGACGCUGCAUCUUCUACAACACGGAUCAGCUGAAGUAUCACACGCAAAUCCAUGUGCGAUCCACACGCGGCAAGAAUCGCAUAGGCCGCAAGAUUAGCGGCAUUGAGCCCAUGCCGGGCGAGGAUAAAAUUUUGGUCACCUCUAACGAUAGUCGUGUGCGCCUGUACGAUCUGCGCGAUCUGAACCUGUCGUGCAAGUAUAAGGGCUACCUGAACGUAUCCUCGCAGAUUAAGGGCUCGUUCAGCCAUGAUGGCAAAUACAUUAUAGCCGGUUCCGAGAACCAAUGCAUCUACAUUUGGAAAACGAAUCACGACUACUCCAAGCUGAGCUCGGUUCGUCGUGAUCGCAGCGAUUUUUGGGAGGGCAUCAAAGCGCAUAAUGCCACUGUCACCUGUGCCAUAUUUGCGCCCCAUCCGGAGGCCAUUAUCAAACCGGAUCCGGAUGAAAUUUCGAAUGAUAAGAUGGCCAACAAUCAGCCGGAUCCGUUGGUGGAGCAGCAUAAGAAGGGCUGUGGCUAUGUGCUGGUCAGUGCCGAUUUCAAUGGCGCCAUCAAGGUGUUCAUCAAUAAAACGAAGCCCAAGCACAGCAGUUUGCCCUACACGGCCAUUGCGGAUUAAUGGAAUGUCGCCGAUAUGUCAAUUAGUCGUUUGGGGCAAAUGGUUGGGGGUGUACGGGAACGUUAACGGGUUCGGGUCGGGGCGGGGUAAGGGGUAAAUGCAAAAAGGCGAAAAGCGUUGAAAACUCUUGUUUUAUUUUGUGUACUUGUUUAAUUCUGCUUGUAUUGUACUGUAUUUAUGACAAAUGUGUAUGUAUUUUGUACCGAUUAAUUGAAUAGCAUUAACGCUUAUUUAUGUAUAUUUAAACUAAAACGCUAACUAAGAACGUCA